CCAGGUAGGCAAAAGCCGAGACGUCGUCGCUUCGCUGCAGUAGACAAGGCGCGCAGCCAACACAACGCGCGCAGGCACCGAGAUUAUAAAAGUCCACUGGCUUCGGCGCCAAGGGGUCAGUCGUUUCAAACGUCUCGUGCUAGCUCGAUCGACGCAUUGUCGCAGACGAUUGUUAUUGCUUUGUUUUCGUCACUCCUACGGGACCAACUUUUUUGAUUCAUCAUCAUGAGCGGCGAGUGGGUUACACCGGAGGACGACUACGACUGUCAGCUGUCGGAGGAGACCCAGAAGAUGGCCAAGGACGAGCUGCGCGAGGACAAGAACACUCGCGACCAGGCCCUCGAGCAGCUGCGCAGCUGGCUCAAGCUCAACCCUCGCGUUGAGAACAGCCGCAUGGAUGCGAGAUUUCUUCUGAGAUUUUUGCGUUGCAAAAAGUUCAACGUACCAAUGGCCCAAGAGGCGAUCGAGCGUUACCUCCUCCUGCGCCAAGUCUACCAGCCCGCUUUUCACAAUCUCGACGUGAAGGAAAAAAACAUGGAGGAACUGCUGGCUCUGGGCUACAUAUUUGCCGUGCCAGGAAGAGAUCCCAAAGGACGUCGCGUCAUCGUCGCCAGACCCGGUGUCUUCGAUCCGUACAAAUACACCAACGCCGACAUGUGCAAGAUUCACGGGCUGACUUACGAGGCGCUCAUGGAGGACGAGGAGAGCCAAGUGCGCGGAUUCGUGCACUUUGCCGACGGAGCCGGAGUUAGCUUCCCGCAUCUGACCCUCUUCACUCCGAAGGAGGCCGUGCGCAUCGUCAAGAACGGCGAGCGCACCUUGCCGAUGCGUCACAAAGAGGUGCACGCCAUCAACGUGCACCCGUCGCUCAAGUUCGCCCUGGACUUCGGCAUGUCGCUGAUCUCGGAAAAGAUUCGCAGCCGCGUGACCAUCUACACGAGCCUCGACGACGCCAAAGAGAAAGGCAUGGACUGCAGUAUGCUGCCCAAGGAGUACGGUGGCACAAUACCGAUGAAGGAGAUGAUCAAUGCCUGGCGCGAGGAACUCAUGAGCCUCAGAAUGACGCUUCUGAGCCACGACAAAAUGCGCGUGAGACCCGAGUUGUACUCGGAAAAGGCCCGAGAAGGCGCCGUAUCCGCUCUCAAGCAGGGAUUCAAUUGCUCGACCGUAUCGACUGGCGAAUCCACCAUGCAUGGAAUUUGUGGUUCCUUCAGGAAACUCGAGGUCGAUUGAUGACUGCCGUCUCAAAUAUUAUAUGCUAUCGUAGCGUCAUUACAACGAA